AUGAAUGCUCCCAAUAAUAAAGUUGAGAUUAUUGUAGAUGAUGAGAUUGAAGUAAAAGUACUUCAGUCAUCAAUGAGUGGAAAAAAUUUAAUUGGUAAUUAUAGUGAAAAAUCUGAAGAUUAUAAUUCAGAAGUAAAAUCCACAAGUGAGAUGGAUAUCCACCAAAUGAAAAGUAAGACUUUACAACCACCAACUCCACGACUAGAAAGAUGGGAUAGUAGAUUACCAGAAGAAUCUACAGUAAAAUCUGACCCACAACUUUUGAAGGAGCUUUCUGAGUCUGCUUAUUUUGAUGAUGAAAAGAACAAACUUUAA